AGAAGGGUUAUGGCCUGCAAAAAAACCUCGUCACGUCUAAGCAACAUGGGUCUAGAGGAGGAAGACCGCAAAUAGUGAUGGCAGAUCUCAGGUCGCAUAUUGUGGGCAUCCUUGAGUGCGGGGUCCAACCUCAGCGAGCCGUCAUUGACUGUGAUGCAGUGUUUUAGUAUGGCAUGUGAGCCGCUUUUUUAUGUAAUGCAGAAAUUUCCCUUUUAUAUUAACAAUAUUGAAAAGAAAUCCUGGAUCCUUGAAGAGUAGCCCUGGUUCCUGUUGUAGUGCACUGAUGCGGACCGACGCCAUAGCCAGCAUGAUCAAGCACAGGCUCCAUGUAACCCUUGCCAUCUAUUUUCAUGGCCGGGAGAGAGAGCGAGUAGUGCUUGUUGACAAGUGCACGAGUUUUUUGUUGAAGGAGUUGACGUGUUUUUGAGAUUUGUGGACGUUUGUGGAGGUUUUCGGGUGAUGACAAGGGUAAGCGUUUGUUAGGGGGAUGUAAUCUGGACCAUUAUACUGGAAGGAUACAGCUACUGAUGCCUCUAUCGAAACGUUAGAACACCUUAGGUGGAAAAUUGUGCUCUUGAAAUGCUGACUGUAAUCGAUAGUCAUGGAAGAUGAAGAAAGUGGUAGUUUAUCUUUUAAUUCAAGUGAUGGAGGGUCAAGGAGCUGGUCGCCGAGUCCAUCUCACAAGACUAAUCAGCACGUAUCCAACCGGGAAGGUUUGCAUUUCCUUCCUUUAAAUCCUUGGCCUAUUGUAGGCUAUGGUGGAAUGAAAGCAAAACCGCUUCUAAGUAAUGAAUUCUAUUCACGACAAUUUUCUCGACAACAACAGGAGGAAUCAGAUGAGGUUUUUGAAGAACAGUCGGAUGAAGAGAGAGAUGAGCUUGAAGUGCAGCGGCAAGGGCAAGAGUAUGCAGGUGGGGAUGGAGAAGAGGAUGCCUUAGAGAGCGACUACGAUGGAGAUUGUUUAGAAACACAAUUAUUGGAGCAGUAUAAUGCUGCUUACUACACUAAGAUUGAUCAUGAAGAGAAACUUCGAUGCAGAGGGGCAUUGAAUUUGUCGCAUUCUGCUGGUGAUAACUCACAAAGGUUGAGUGUCGGGCAGAUCAACUAUGAGGAAACUCAGUUGCUUGAGGAAUAUGACGUAAGGCACCAUGUCAAUGUGGAGUAUGAGAGGUGCAAGCCGAUGCACCUGCCUCUUAAUGUGGUGGCUCACGGUGAUUACACAAAAGGUUUGAAAAACUUGCAGCAUGAUGGAGUUGGAUUAUAUGCUGGUACCGCGGACGAGGCAGAACCAACCGAGGUUAUCGAUUCAGAUGCGAGUACGGAAGAUGAAGGCACCAUCUCCACGCGGGACAAGCAGGAAGCGCCGCGCAAACAGAAACCAAGUUCAGAAUUUCGUCAAGCACGGAUGUGUGGAUUUGAAAUGGACCUCAAUGUCAGACUCGAGGAGGACACAGAUUGCGAGUAUUAUGGAAAACCGAGGAAUUCUGACUCCCAACUGGUUGCACACACUGAGACACAAUUGGUUGAUGAUUUUCACGGUUGGCAAGGUAACACCCAGUUAGUCUCGGCAAUUGGAAAGGAGUUGCUUGAUAACAUUUGUAGCAUUUCAAUUAAGGUUGCGCCCACUGAUUCCGAGGACAUGCCCUGUGAAGCAAAAGAUGCUUUUGAAUCCAAAAGCUGCGAACCCUUUAUGCCAGUAAGCACUGGAAGUAUGCAGAUUUUGAUGCAAUGUGCAGGACUUAAAACACCCUCUUCCUCUCGUCUGGAGUUACCGAGUAUCACUACUGAGAGUAAGGUAUUAGCAGCUCCAUCAGUAUCUGAGGCUUCAGAAAGUUCACCUUUCCAAAACAGUACUGGCACAGUUCGUGCCGAGUCUAUGCGAAUGGCAGCUGUAGAGCCCUUGCAAUGGCUUCCCAAAGUGAAACCCGAUGAUUAUAAUUUUCCAAACUCUGAAGCCAUCCAAUCAUUCAGGAACAGAAGGGAGGCUAGCAAGUGUAUUAACAAGAUAGAGCUCCCUUCAAAUGAGCCAGAGUGGAUGCGAGAUUAUGCAGGUAGAGGAGACCUACUAAUGCAAAAUAAUUGGGAUCAAAGAAAAAGUGCUCUGGGGUCAAGCUCUAGAGUAUCUGUACCAGAUCCGUUUGUUUCUAAGGACAGCAAGGCUACCAAUAUGCUCACCAGUGGGGAAGGGCAGAUGACAGAACAGGAUGAUGUUGGUAAACAGGCCUGUUUUUCUGGCAUCAGUUCUCUCUUUAGAUCCUCUAAGACUCAAAGUGCGAAUUAUGACACUAAAAGUAAUUUUGGAUGCGAGAACAGUGGUUCGCAAAUUCCAUUGCAGCGUCGAAUCUCAUUUGGGCCAAGGUUAUUAUCUCCGACAGGCAGCAUGAACUAUUUGGACUCUGUGGAACCAGGCGAAGCGGUACAAGCUGAAGCAUUGGAUAUUGUGGACAAGUUUGUGUGGUUAAACACUGCUGAUGCAUCUCAAGCAUCACCUCCAAGAAAAUAUAAGAAGUCCUCCAUUUUUCCACUAGCUUCCUCCACCUUUACGAACCCGGCUUUGCAAGUAUUUGAAUUUGAGGAUUCUAUAGUUGCACAGCGUCCACAAACACUCGGUAAUUUGAGCCUUAUUAAGGAAAUUCAAGCUGGGUGGAAAAAGAAAGCAGAGCAGGAUCAUCUUGAAUCAAUAGCAAGGAAAGGCAAAGAAAAGGAGACUGAUUUGUUACCUGAAGGGCAAAGGUUGAGUAAGCUCCUAACAGAUAAUGAUCGCGAGAAAAUCAAUGAUCCAAAAAUGCUGUUUCAUGCGGCUAGCACAAAGCGUGUGUCGGGAAGUCUACCACAGGAUAAGGAUGAAGCAAGUCUCGACGCUGCAAUAACGAAGAGUUCUGCAACACUCUCUAUUGCCAAAGAGAAGGAGAGGACGAAAGGAAAAUCAAUUGAACCUGUAGAAGUCGCUGACGAUGGUCUUCUGAAUGUUGUGGUUAAUGGGAUGCAGAAGUUUUCUAACACUGGAGUAUUGAGGUCCGAUGAAGUAAUGGAGCAUGAUGGAGACUAUGAAGAUAAAGAAAAAAAAGUUCUUGAUAGAGCAGAAAUUUUGACCAGGAGGAGGUCGGAGGGCAGGAACAGGCGUGAGCACAUUCGCGUUCCAGAGGCAGUACUCCUUUCAGGAAAUUAUCUUUCACCCAAGGGAAAAUUGUACACGGAUUGUAAAAUGGAAAAAGAUACGUCUGCAGCUAGAAAAAGGAGAAGUGUGAAUAUCAUGCUUGGGGCGCGAAGUGCCAAGAAAGUAAAGUCUACGUUUGAAGAAAAUGUUGAUGAUCAAGAUGAUGCCAAUGAGAAUAUGGAUAACAUUUCAAGUCCUGCAUGCAGUGGAGCUGAUCCAAUGUUUGUCGUCGCUGAAAAACCCUCGAGUGGGCGACGAAAGCAGAUAACCCCUCAAGACGCAGAAAAUGAUAAGGAUGGAGAGAGUGCACUUGUGGAACCAGAAAUGCCUCAAAAGAGGAAACGAAGGAAGUUAUCAGAAGCCUCGAACCUCUUGAUUGGGACUGAUGACAUGGGUGUUAUUCGUGGUGAGGAAGGGGUCAAGACUCAAAGCCUAAGACAAUUGCGCAGAAGACCCAAUGUUGACAACCGCACGGAGUCCAUUUCAAUUGCACUGGUCCAGAAGAAGUUGCGGAGUGCUAGAAGAAGUUCCAGAGGAGGCCAGGGAGCACCUAUAACCACGUUAAUAGAUGAUGGAAACGAUAUGGAUAAAGAAGUCGAACAGGAUGCAAGUGCUGGUACAUGUUCUGGAUCUUUUCAACGCGAUAGCAAUAAUGACGAGCUGGAGGUGAAUGACGGUAGUAGCCCAGAUCAUCUGGAAGAGACUUCGGAUCAGAGAGCUAGUCAUAUGGACGAACCAUUUGAGGAUUAUGAUGUUGGUCGUAUGAAGUUGAAACGGACCAAAAGUAUUGCAGAUGUGUCUAGACCCUCUACACCAGUACUGCAGCCGGCAUCCUUUCCCCUGGUCACUGGAAGAAGAGGACGGGGUGCAGCUUUGAAACCUGAAAUUGUUGAAUAUGGAGUCAUGCAGUGCUCCAAUCCAUCAUUUGUGGUACCCGCAGCAACUAGGGGGACACGCAUGAGGACAGUACGCAGGAGACGAGCUCCUCAAAUGCCAACAUUGGCACCAGAGAAAGCUUCCGAGUUUGUUCAAGAGGAAAGUGCUUCUGUAAGUACAGAAGGGAGUUUGCGAACUCGAUGGGUGAAAAAUGUUUCAGUGUUGUUUAGUCAUGGGUUGUCGGAAGUCACCCUGAAGAAACAACGAAAGAUUGUCGAAAAGCUGGAUGGAAAAGUCACAAGAAAGGCUGCUGAUUGUACCCAUUUUGUAGCAGAUAAGUUUGUGAGAACCGGUAACAUGCUCGAAGCCAUGGCAGGAGGAAAGUUCGUAGUCACAUUUGCAUGGUUGGAAAGCUGCCGGAUAGCAAACUGUUUCAUUGAGGAGAGGAACUUCAUUCUGCAAGAUGAAAGGAAGGAGAGGGAGUUGGGUUUCUCAAUGCGUGCCACAAUUUUGGCUGCUCAACAAAAGUCUUUAUUGCAGGGAGUCAGAGUUUUGUUGACCCCUAAUAUCAACCCAGCGCCUCAAGUUCUAACUUCCAUAGUUCAUGCUGCUGGUGGUCAAGUCGUGGAGGAGUACAAAGGCCCUGCACCACCAGAUUCUCAGAAUGAAGGCUUCUGCAUUGUUCUAGCAAAUGAGGACGACAUGGACAGCUGUGCCCCAUUACUUGAGCAAGGAGCCAAAGUGUACAAACCAGAGCUUAUUCUGAGUGGGAUCAUCUCUCAUCAUCUGGAGUUUUCGAAACAUUUACUUUUUGAGAACUAUCGGGGUGGAAGGCAUUGAGAUGCUGCGUUGCAGCAGACCUGAAGAUGGAAAUCUGUUGUGCAUAAAAUAUUCGAGCUUGUAUAUUGGAUUUGGAUAGCCUAGCGGGUAUGGUGAGUUUGCCAAAAUAUUCACGCAAAACUUUCAUGAUUUUUUUGUCCACUUGAAGGAUUGUAUUAUAUUCAUAUUCUGCUGUCAGGUACUUGUAGGUGGUUUCUGUUCGAUCAAGCACAUCAUGUAUGUCUAGCUUGUGAGUUGAAAACUUGUACAAUGAUUGAUUGCCAAACAAGUUCUAAAAGGCAUUUGGUCAGGCGUUGUCGCCAUGCGCUGCGACUUCCGGGCUGAUUUCCAGAAACAAA